AUGAAGGUCCGCGCGUCGGUGAAGCGCCUGUGCGGGUUCUGCAAGGUGGUGAAGCGCCGGGGCAUCGUUUUCAUCCACUGCACCGCCAUCCCGAAGCACAAGCAGCGCCAGGGCUUCUCCACCAUCGCCGAAGCCGCCGCCUCGUGCGUCCACCUGCCGCCGCCACCGCCCGCUAGCGGUUCCGCUUCCGCCGCAGCGUUCGCGGAGUAA